AGCUGAAGGUCCACCGAAGCUAAAGGUGCUUCCACACGCAGCAGAUUUUACCUCCAUAAACCCUUCGUUCUUCUUCGUCUCCCUUUGCUUCUCUCACUUCCCAUGUCUGAGUGGCUUCGACGCCUUCCCUCGCCAGAAUGCUAACACAUCUCCGCCGCGCGGCUGCCGCAUGCGGUGGUGCUACCUCCGACCACUUCCUCGCUCUCAGGCAGUUCAGCUCCGCCGUCGUCGCCGUUUCCUCCGUGUCUGAUUCCGAUCCAACACUUCCCUCUUCUUCCGAUUCACAGAGAAAAGCAUCUAGAUGGUUGCUAUUUCUACCUGGGGCAAUCACAUUUGGCCUUGGGACUUGGCAGAUUGGUAGAAGAGAAGAAAAGAUUAAAAUGUUGGAAUAUCGAGAGAAGAGGUUGCAAAUGGAACCAUUAAAAUUCAGUAGUGCUUAUUCAUCAGAUGAGGAAUUAGAUUCUCUGGAAUUUAGGAAGGUGGUGUGCAAAGGAUAUUUUGAUGAUAAAAAAUCAGUCUAUGUGGGACCACGUUCAAGAAGUAUUUCAGGAGUCACUGAAAAUGGCUACUAUAUUAUAACACCUCUUAUGCCAGUUCCCAAUUGUCCUGACAGUGUAAGCAUUCCAAUUUUAGUCAACAGAGGGUGGGUUCCACGUAGUUGGAAAGACAAAUUUUUAGAGGCUUCACAAGAUGAAGAUUUGGAAGAUGCUCUUCCUUCCCCUUCUCACGUUGAUGGAAGUAAAUCUUGGUGGAGAUUUUGGUCUAAAAAGCCUGUUAUUGAGGAUCAGGUUGCAUCUGUUACACCUAUAGAAGUUGUUGGCGUAGUUCGUGGAAGUGAGAAGCCAAGCAUAUUUGUCCCGGCGAAUGACCCUGGGUCUUCCCAGUGGUUCUAUGUUGAUGUUCCUGGCAUAGCUCGUGCUUGUGGCCUUCCAGAAAAUACCAUCUAUUUUGAAGAUACUAACGAAAAUGUGAAUCCAAGUAAUCCUUACCCUGUGCCCAAGGAUGUGAAUACCUUGAUUCGAAGUUCAGUCAUGCCUAGGGACCACCUAAACUAUACAUUGACAUGGUAUUCUCUUUCUGCAGCAGUUACAUUUAUGGCUUUUAAGAGACUUAGACAGAAAAAUAAGCGGAGAUGGCAAAGUCGGAGAUAGCAAAGUCAUUUUGUUGCCUGUUAUAGUUGAAAUUUAUGGACACAUACUCCCUCAUUUGGCAUCUUGAUACAUCUAUCUAUCUAUCUCCUUGGAGCAUUGUCUUCCCAAUCUUUUCUUCAAAUCUCAACUUUCAAGCAAUUUAGUCAUUCAAGUGAAGUCCUCCUUGCAAGUUAUCCUCACCUCAAAAACACUUAUAAAAUGAAUGUGGGGUGAUAUUUUUUGUGCAACAAAACCAUGUUUAGAAUUUUGAUGUCAAGGGGAUGAAGAUGCCAUUUUUUUUUUGUCUAGAAGGUCGAUUUUUUUGUUGAAAAAGCAACUAGUGUUAGUAGUUAUAUUUGGAUUGUUUGUAAGGUUCAGAAGUUGUGACUUGUGAGUAUACUACAAAUCUUAUUGACUCAUGGUUAUUGGUUCCACUAGGUCCCGUUCAGAGUGGUUGUGAGUUUCCCGUUUUCAAUUGUGAAAUGUAAUUUUAAAAACAAAAUGUGUUUGAAUAAAAUGGGGUUGAGUUGAUUUUGUGAUUA